AUGGUCAAUCUCAAUUUAUUAGAUCUCAAGAAACUUAAGAAGUUUUUAGCCGGUUCGAACAUGCUUUCAGGGUAUUUGCCAGUGUCACUGAUAAAUUCCCCUAGCAUUUCGACCAUUAGUGUGAACAAUAAUUCUUUUUCUGGUUCCAUUUCUGCUAUAAACUGUUCAGCCAUGGCAUCAUUAUCUUAUCUUAAUCUCGACACAAAUAACUUUGUUGGUCCUAUUCCGAGUGACCUCUCCUUGUGCCAACGGCUACAAGUUAUAUUGUUGUCUCGAAUUAAACUCAAUAGCCAAAUACCCGAAAGCUUCAAGUCGAUGAAGGCUCUAACUGUCUUUUCUGUUUCCAAUUCCAGUGUCUACAACUUAUCUUCUGCUCUCUCCAUCCUUCAACACUGUGAAAACUUGACUCAUUUGAUCCUAACAACAAAUUUUAUGACUGAAUCCAUGCCAGUAGACCCUACCCUGAGAUUUGACAAUGUGAAGGCGCUUGUGAUCGCAAACUGUGGGUUAACCGGCUCCAUCCCUUCUUGGUUAACUCAUUCCACCAACUUGCAUCUGUUGGAUCUUUCUUGGAAUAGGUUGAGCGGAGAAAUCCCUUCAUGGUUCAACAAAAUGGAAUUUAUCUUCUACUUGGAUCUGUCAAACAAUUCCUUGCAUGGAGAAAUCCCAGAAAGCUUAACUCAACUAAGAGGCUUGACAUACGGGCAAGUUAAAGAUCCCCCAAUAGAUGCUCUUCCUUUAUUCUUAAGAAAGAAUCAAUCUCUACCAGCCUUACAAUAUAAUAGAAUUUGGAGCUUUCGUCCGACCUUGGAUUUGAGCCAUAACAAGCUUGUGGGACAAAUUUCAAUAAAUUUUGGCAAAUUGAGGACACUCCAUAUAUUUGACUUGAGCCAUAACAUGGUAACAGGACACAUUCCUAGUAACUUGUCUAACAUGUCUAGCUUGGAGGUUUUAGAUUUGUCAUAUAAUAGUCUAUCUGGAAUGAUCCCACUUUCAUUGCAACUACUCAGCUUCCUUUCGCAAUUCAACGUUGCUCACAAUAAUCUUACAGGGAGAAUCCCAACUGGAGGUCAGUUUCUUACGUUUCCAAAUUCGAGUUUUGAGGGGAACCAAGGCCUAUGCAAUGCAUUAUUAACGAGGUCUUGCGAUGGAUCCGAAGGGAAUGAUCUUAAUUACGAAAUUGAAGAAGAAGAUAAUGAAUUAGAUUUGGAAUCCUCCAUUUUUGGGCUGCAAUUUGGCAUUGGAGUUAUUGUUGGCUUUGUUGGUGCGGUGGUGGGCAUAGAAAAAUCUGGAGAGAAGUUCUUUAGAACAAAGGGUGCUCUUGAUUCUGAAAGCAAGCAAUCAGAUUGUUUCCUUUGGUUAUCCUACGAUCUAGCAAUCGACGGUAACCGGAUCUAUUGGAACUCGUGUGGACCAAAUAGAGGAGCAACAAGUGGGGCUCUGAUCCUGAUCCAAUCAACCAGAUCUGUCAAAUUCACGCAUCAAAGGUAUUUUAGAUUAGAUCUAAAAUUUCCGCACAUAUACCUAAUCAAAAACAACAUUGGUAUCAGAGCGAGGUUGCAUAAACUGAUAGAACUAUUUGAUGCAAUCUGA